AAAGUUCGUGUGCACCUAAAUAUCGAAAGAGAUGAGAGAGAAGAUAGUAAUACGAAAACAUAUAGAAUGAAAACUAUGUAAAUAGGUGGGGGAAAUAAUAAGGGGUACACGUGAUUACGAUCUUGUCUGGUUUCGAACCGUGAGUACGUGAUUGUGUUGACGAUGAGAAGAGAUUAUCUUGUCUGAUUGUGUUCAUCAUACUUUAAAAUAUUAUCGUUAUCAUCGAUCGAAUCAUAACAGCGCCACUCUGAGCUUACGCUGAUCGAGAGUGAGGAACGUGGGAGAUGGAGAAGCCCCAAAACGGAGAAAAGGAAGAACUCAAGGCCUCUAUUUGUGGCUACGAUUCUCUUCACCGUCUUCUCAAGGAUAAUCUUAACCCCCAUCACUUCCAGGAAGUCAGCCGUUUGCUUACUGGGCUUAAUGGUGGAAAAGCACUUGAAACAAUUGCUCUCCCAGAAUCUGCGACUGCCCUCUCUGUAGAACAUGGAUUUGACCUUCAGGCCUUUUCCUUUUGUGCUGACAAAGAACUAUUGCGAGAACCUCGGGUAGUAAGGGUUGGUUUGAUUCAGAACUCUAUUUCUCUUCCAACAACUGCUCACUUUGUGGACCAAAAGAAGGCUAUCUUCGAGAAACUAAAGCCAAUAAUUGAUGCUGCUGGUUCUUCUGGUGUCAACAUAUUAUGCUUGCAAGAAGCAUGGAUGAUGCCAUUUGCCUUCUGCACACGAGAGAAGAGAUGGUGUGAAUUUGCAGAACCUGUUGAUGGUGAAUCAACAAAAUUUUUGCAAAGCUUUGCAGUGAAAUAUAAUAUGGUGAUUAUUAGUUCAAUUCUUGAGAGGGAUAUUAACCAUGGAGAGGUUAUAUGGAACACUGCAGUUGUAAUUGGAAAUCACGGCAAUAUAAUUGGGAAACACAGGAAGAACCAUAUACCAAGAGUUGGGGACUUCAAUGAAAGCACAUACUACAUGGAAGGAAAUACUGGCCACCCUGUAUUUGAAACAGCAUUUGGAAAGAUUGCCAUUAAUAUAUGUUAUGGUAGGCACCAUCCUUUAAAUUGGUUAGCCUUUGGCUUGAAUGGUGCGGAGAUUGUUUUCAACCCUUCUGCUACUGUUGGUGAACUCAGCGAACCAAUGUGGCCAAUAGAGGCACGUAAUGCUGCAAUAGCUAAUAGUUACUUUGUUGCUUCAAUCAACCGCGUUGGGACUGAGACAUUCCCCAAUGCAUUUACUUCUGGUGAUGGAAAGCCAGCACAUGCAGAUUUUGGGCACUUUUAUGGAUCCAGUUAUGUUUCAGCACCUGAUGCAUCAUGCACGCCAUCUCUGUCUCGUAACAGGGAUGGCUUAUUAGUAACAGACAUGGAUCUUAACUUGUGUAGGCAGGUGAAAGACAAGUGGGGUUUCAGAAUGACUUCACGGUACGAGUUAUAUGUAGACACACUUGCCCGUUAUGUGAAACCAGAUUUUGAGCCACAAGUCAUCAGUGACCCCUUAUUGCAUAAGAAGUCCUCGUAAACUACGCAGUAAUGUGUCAAUAUAUGUUCAUUGCUUAUGGUUCAGGCUCUGUGGUAUGGCCAAUGGAAACAACCUUAAAUAAAGUUUUUCAUGUUACAUGUUGAUGUAUUAAAUUCUGCUCUCAUUGGUUGACCGUGCAUAAAUUGGUUGACUUUUACUUUUGUGUUCAAAUACUCUUUAAGAACAGUGUAAAAAUGUAUAUUUUUUUAAAAUAAAAAGUAAUUCAAUGAUGUCCAA